AUGUCGUCUUUCAGACGCUGGUUCCUGGCAGCUCUCGCGGCAUCUGCUGUCAAGGCCGAGUCAGUUCAGAAACCAGGCUUGCAACUUCCGCCUAGUGCUUCCGUCCACCAGGCAGCAGUCAAGGAACUUUUUGUCACCAGCUACGAGGCUUACCAGACAUAUGCCUGGGGACAUGAUGAUCUGUUGCCCGUUUCAAAAACGUACUUUGAUGGACGGAACGGAUGGGGCGCUUCCAUUGCCGACGCUAUGGGUACCAUGUGGAUUAUGGGGUUCACGGACUGGUUUGAACAAGCUGUCAAUCACACUGCCAACACCGACUUUACUAUUGCGCACACUUCCGACACCGUCAGUCUGUUUGAAACUACUAUUCGUUAUGUUGGAGGUUUUUUAAGUGCGUAUGAGCUCAGCGGGGAAAAGUAUCCAGUUCUGGUCGAAAAGGCACAGGACCCUCGCCGAUCAAAUGGCCUAUGCCUGGCUUGGGGUAAUCGUUGCAGUAUUUGCACGCGCAAUCAGUCCAUUCCGUAUGGUUACAUAGACUUUACGAACCAGCAACCCACCAUCGACACUUCAAACAUUGCCGAGGCUGGAACUCUUACCAUGGAAUGGAAUCGCCUCAGUCAAUAUACUGGCAAUUCCACGUACCAAACACUGGCUGAGAAAUCUGUGCAACAUAUGAUUCGCAUGUCGACCCCUCUCCCUGGUAUGCCUGCUCAGGGCAUUAACCCAAAAACUGGUCAUUCGGUUGGUGGGUAUGUGACUUGGGGUGGAGGUUCUGACUCUUACUUCGAGUAUCUCAUCAAAUAUGCCCGCCUUACAAAUACCGACGACCACUCGUAUGCCGAUGCGUGGUUGACCGCCGUUGAUACCUCCAUGAAGACGCUCCUAAGAUUUUCAACCAUCGAUAACUGGUUGUACCUCGCUGAUUACGACGACGACAAAAACAUUCGUCACGUGGGGUCCCAUCUGGCUUGUUUCUACGGAGGAAACUGGAUUCUAGGCGGCAAGCUCACCAACAAUGCAACAAUAGUUCAGAUUGGUCUUCAACUCACGGAUGCCUGCUGGAACACAUACGCGAGCACUGCUACUGAGAUUGGUCCUGAAGUUUUCGCAUACAUAUCUAGCGACGGCAACUACACUGGUGGCACUGCUCCUACUCCGGAGCAACUCGAUUUCUAUUCUAAGCAUGGCUUCUAUAUCACCGCUCCCGACUACGUUCUUCGUCCUGAAGUCCUUGAGUCGAAUUUCUAUGCUUGGCGUGCGACUGGUGAUAUCAAAUACUUCAACAAUGCAGUUAGUGCCACCAUCAGUUUCAAGAAGUACCUGCCUACAACUGUUGCGUACACCGGUAUCUACGACGUUGACAACGUGGAUUCCGACAAAAUCGAUGACAUGGAAAGUUUCUGGUUCGCCGAGGUCCUCAAGUACCUGUAUUUGACCUUUGACGACCCCGAUCACAUCUCGCUUGAUGAAUAUGUCUUCAACACGGAGUGCCACCCUCUCAAGGCGCCGUCUGCCAAAUCCAAUUAUGGCUCAGGUUCUGGGCCUCAACCUGUGUCAUCGCAGCCAUUCUCCCCGGAGAGCGCACCCCUACCAUCUGUUUCCCCGAUUGCUGCGCUCCUACGCUCAUAA